UAUUAAGGAAGUAGUAGUAAAAACGAAUAUUGAUUUCUCCUCUUUCUCUUGUUCAUAUUCAUAUACAAGCAGCAAAGCAAAUAGAUAUUUUUGUUUUUGACUACUUCUUCGGUUUUCAAGUAUGGUUCAAUUGAUGAGAACAACCAUGGAAGAGUCGCCGGAGUUGCAGUGGCAAAAAGGGAAGAACGCGGCGGUGAAGCUCGAGUUUGAAGAUGCUUUAGAUGAAGCAUACGGUCCACUCAGCAAGCGAUCUAAACUUUCUUCUUCUUCUCUACAACAGCAAUUGGUUGUAGAAGCUGAUGGUUUUCCAGUACCGCCUUCGCAGUAUAACCCGCUUGAUGAGCCCAGUCCGUUAGGUUUGAGGCUAAGGAAGAGUCCAUCACUGUUGGAUUUGAUCCAGAUGAAGCUUUCUCAGGGGAACAACGCCAAGGUGGGAAAUCAAGGGAAGAAGGAGCAGAAGGGGAACACUGGAACAAUUGAGAAACUUAAGGCUUCGAACUUUCCUGCCACAGUUCUAAGAAUUGGGAGCUGGGAGUACAAGUCAAGAUAUGAAGGGGAUCUAGUGGCAAAAUGUUACUUUGCGAAGCAUAAACUUGUUUGGGAAGUCCUUGACGGUGGUCUCAAGAAUAAGAUCGAAAUCCAGUGGUCAGAUAUUAUGGGUUUGAAGGCAAAUUACCCUGACGAUGGACCUGGAACUUUAGAUGUAGUGCUUUCAAGACAACCUCUUUUCUUCAGGGAGACGAAUCCACAGCCUAGGAAGCACACUCUUUGGCAAGCAACAUCUGAUUUUACUGGAGGACAAGCUAGCAUGCACAAGCGACAUUACUUGCAGAUUCCACAAGGCUUGUUAGGAAAGCAUUUUGAAAAGCUUAUUCAGUGUGAUCCCCGUCUUAAUUUCCUAAGUCAACAACCAGAGAUUAUACUUGAUUCUCCACAUUUCGAAACCAGAAUUUCAGUAUUUGAAGACCCAAACGUGUGCGAGUCGGAAUUUAAUCUGAAUAAUGAGAGAAGUCCUCCCUUUCUUAACUUGCAUGGUGCCGCUUCGCCUUCAGGAGCUCAUUGUUCUUCAACAAAUGGAGAGCAAGACUUUGUUGUUAGUAGACGAUUGGAAAACAUUCGUCCAGAAACACCUUCACCAAGCUCAGUGAUGGAUACAAGGGCGAUUCAAGAUGUCAGUAGAGAUAUGGAGCAGUUGAAAGGCCUUGGCAACCUAGAUCAGAUCAGAGUGCCUGGUCUUCAUCCUUCCAUGUCAAUGAAAGAUUUAGUGAGCCACUUUGAACAACGUUUUUCUGAGCAGGGAACGUCUGAAGUUAUAAGCUUGUCCAGUGACGAACUCCAAAGCUUGGAGAUUCUCGAAGAGAUCUCGAGGUGCUUGUUUAGUGACACUCAAAAUAUGCCAGCAUCAGAUGAGAAAUCCCUCAUGACAAGGGUCAAUUCUCUGUGCUGUCUUCUUCAGAAGGAUCCCGCAACAGCCCAUAAGAGUGAGAACUAUGGUGGUGUUGCAGUUGGAGGUAAGAGAACUGAUGAACUGAUCAGUUUCUUUCCCGGAGCAACAUGUGGAAAGAAGGUUGAAGAUCCUUCCACAUCAGAGGACAAAUCAAAUGAUCCAGCUCCUUCAAUGUCGAGAAAAGACUCGAUAGGGGAUCUGUUGCUGAAUCUGCCAAGAAUCGCGUCGUUGCCUCAGUUUCUCUUCAAUAUCUAUGAAGAUUCCGACCGCCCAGCUAGAUAGAAUCUGCUUAGUUUAUCAUCCAGAAAAGUAUGGCCUAGUUGCUUUUGUAUAUAGCAGGCAUAGCGCCUUCCCUUCCAAGACACUGCUUAGCUACAGUUUUCAGUUUAGGUAAUCAAAGCCCUCAUAGAUGUUGUGCAGGUAGUAGUAUAUGUAUAUAGUCGGUCAUCUUUUAUGUUAAGUUUGUGCAGUCCGAAUAGUUUCUUAAUGGCAUUUACUUCAUCGUUGUGUAAAACAUCUACCAAAAGAUACCUCUUAACUGGUAUCUAACAACUCAUCCUCCUAAUCGUUGAUAGCAA